GUGCGGUCACUUAUCCUUGUCGCUUUGAGUAGACGCCGGCUCCCUCGCUGCUUCUCUGGCGCUGUGGCCGUGUUUUCAGUUAUUUGGAAUUCCACUGGGGACGACGAGAAAGAUAUCACGGCGAUCCUGUAAGAAAGGUUGAAAAAAACGAUGAUCACGAGAUUAUCGGUCACUUACUUUCCCUACUUCCUUACGCCAAUUAAAGCAAUAUGGGCAACUGUCUAAUCUGCGUUUCGCCCGACAAACUCACCGCCGUCGAGCGGUGCGGGAAGUACGAGGGCAUCCGACAGCCCGGUUUGCACGUGCUCGGGGCGGAUGUGUUUGGGUGUUGCAUCCAGACCCGGUCGGUCUCCACGCGAAUCCAGCAGAACCAGGUGACCUGCAGCACGAAGACGAAAGACGACGUGUUUGUGGAGUUUGUGAUCGCGGUGCAGCAGGAGGUGAUCCGAAGCAAGUAUCAACUGCAAAUUUAUCUGUGUGGUCUUGAAGUAAGAUGAUAUGCUUGGCUGACAAGGUUUGUUAUGCUUGGCUGACGUGCCUCUAAGCUCUCUCAUGCUCGGCGGUGCAUGGCUCUCUUUUCUUAUCAUGCAAAAAGAACGCAGUUUGUGUUUUUCGUGCCGGUCACGCGGUGGAUACCAUAUCUCCAGGAGAACUUCUCAUGCUUGACUGCGUACUGAAGUGUGCGCGUUGUUCAGAAAUGAGCAUGACAAGUUUCAGACCCAGACAUGUUUGCCACUUGAUGGUAAGGCGGAGGACGCGAUCUACCGGCUGUCCAACCCCCACGUGCAGAUUGACAGCUUUGUCACGAACGUGAUCCUAUCAAAUGGAGAAAUGUCUGGGUCUGGAAGAAUGCAAGUUUGUCAUGCUAGUCUGGCAUGACUCGAGAAUCUGUGUUGCAUAGGCAAGAAAGAGCCCUCCUAUCUGUCAUGCGAAAAGGCAGUUUAUCAUGCGGAGUACGUAAGACAUGGCAGCCACAAAAUUUGUCAUGCAUAGCUGCGUAUUGUGGCGCGCCUAUCAUUCACUUUUAGCAUUACAAGUUUCCAGACCCAGACAUAUUUGCAAUCCAUACAUCCGGUCCUGCGUCCCGAAAAUGACGUUGGAUGAAGUUUUUGCCGCGAAGGACGAACUGGCCGUGCAGGUGCAGCAGGACUUGGAGUCGAAAAUGACCGAGUUCGGGUUUCAGAUCCACUCCGCUCUCGUGGUCGACGUGAAUCCAGACGGAAAGGUGAAGGACGCCAUGAACCAAAUCAACGCGAAUAAGCGGCUCAGGCUCGCGGCCGCGGACAAGGCAGAGGCGGAUAAGAUCAUACAAGUAUUGAUUAGAAGUACGUGGUUUUCAUCUGUUUUGCCUUCGUUUAAAAAAGAGAAGAUGGAAAAGUGACGCAACAUGGUCCUUGUUAUAAAUAACAAUGUCGUCGUCCUAGUCCUUCAUUCUGGUACUAGCUGUGCCUCCCCGACGUGUUGUAUCACCCCCAGGUGAAAGCCGCGGAAGCGGAGGCGGAGUCCAAGUUUUUGCAGGGGCAGGGUAUAGCCAAGCAGCGGGCCGCCAUCGUGGAGGGGCUGAAAGCAUCUCUGCUGCUUAUCCCGUGUAAAAACGGUCCCACCCCAGAGUUGUCAUGCAGAUUUGCAAUGACAAGCGCAGCGCCAUGACAGGCAUUUCCAAUCGUGUUUUGGAAUUUGUAAUGCUGUAAAACAAGACAAUUGGAUUUGUAAUGCGGCUGUCCUUGGUAACCUGCACUACACUACGCGCUGCAACUUGUCAUGCGUGACUAACAAAGCUUCUAGGUUUGUGUUGCAAAAUCUCCAUCUUCUUGACUCUGGGGCGGGGACGUUUUUACUCAGGACACUGCUUCAGGACGGCCACGCGAGUCCGGAGAAAGUCACCGAGCUCCUGCUGCUCACCCAGUUUUAUCAAAUGCAAAUAUAUCUGGGUCUGGAAAGUUGUGGUGCAAGUCACUGAAUGAUAAACGCACUGUAAGGCGCCACCAAGCAUCACAACUUUGUUCAUGGUUCUGUGUUGGCAUUAUAUUUCGCAUGAGAACAAACUGCGGGCUGCCACGCAAUACAGAUUCCAGAGUCAUGCCAGACUAGCAUGACAAAUCUGGCAAUCUCCCUGGCCCAGACAUAAUUGCAGUGGAUAAGUUUUUCGACACGCUCGAAAAGAUGGCCCAGGGGACCGCAACGACGAUUUUCAUGCCCCACGGGCCCGCGGGGAUGACCAGCAUCGCUGACCAAAUCCGCAACGGCGUCAUGGAAGGCAACGCCGGCAGUGGAGGCGGCCCGCUCGGCGCGCCAAGGCAAGUCAGAAUUUAAAUACAAGCGUGUAAGUUUUUGGAGGUUUCCGAGAAAAAAACCUUGUCACUUCACACUGUGUGACACACAGUUUUUCAAAGACG